AUGUCGACUCCGCGCACCCACCGCGGCGAUUCCCAGCAGGAGCCGCCCUCGCCGUCCCGCCACGAUGCCACCGCCGCCGCGGCCCUUCUCGCCGGCAAGGAGGCCCAGAGCACCUACGCCUCCUUCUCCCCCGCGACACUGAGCGCGACCACCCCAAGUGCGACGUCCGCCGCGAAACGGAGGAGUACAAUCCUGGUGCAUCAGAAAUCCCCGCUGCUGCUUGCGACACCCCCGCAGAUCACGCGCGCGCUUGCGUAUAGUCAUCCGUUUCUGCUCCCGCUGAAUCGGCUUGUGGGGUUGUUGACGUGGACUACAAAUGAUCCGUGGGAGAGUUUCUUGCUGCUUGCGGCGUUUUGGGCCGCGGUGUUAUAUGGGGAUUUUGUGGUCCGCGUGGCGGGACCGCUGGUUCUCGUGCUGGUCCUUAUCGGGGGCAUGUACGGCCGGCGGUUUAGCCCGUUAAGCAGCAGUGGCUGGAGCGAACCGGGGCUGGGCACGGGCGAUGGGAACGCUGUCGCGACGGAUGGGAAGAAUUCCAAGGCUGCGCGGAGGACUAAGAACCUUUCGGUCGACGGCGCGACAGAGAAGAACGGGAAGGCGGGCAAGGCUGGGAAUGGGAAUGAAGGCGCAGGCGGGGGGGCGAGGGGACACGCGCGGAACCAAUCGUCGCUGUCGGAGAUCACCAAUACACGCCACCAAAAGACGCUGGACGAGAUUGUCGAGACGCUGCGCGAGUUCACCGCGCGGUGUAACAUACUGCUGGAGCCGCUGCUCGAGCUGACCGACUUCCUCAGCACCCAGCGCACGCCUACUUCAGCCACCACCCGGCCUGCGCUGACGACGCUUUUUGUUCGGAUUUUGUUGUGUAUCCCGUUUUGGAUCUUGCUCACGCUUCCGCCGCUUCGGAUCAUCACUACGCGCCGCGUCAUCCUCAUCCUCGGGACCAUCUUUUUGUCGUGGCACUCGCGAGUCAUCCGAGUCACUCGCGUCAUACUAUGGCGCAGCGCAACGGUCCGGCGAGUCCUAGGCCUCGUCACCGGACUCACCUUUGAGACGCCAACAAGGAGUCGUACCGGCGUGGUCGCUGGGGACGCUGGAGCCGUGGAUAAGGCCAAGACUCCGGCGACCUCAGGUAACGCCAAACCGGCCCCACGAGAGUCAGAACUGACCAAGGCUCUCCGUCGAGCGCGUGGACGUGGGACCGGCGUGCGUUUUACGUUCAUCAUCUACGAAAACCAGCGACGUUGGAUUGGGCUUGGGUGGACAAGCAGCCUGUUUGGCUACGAGCGGCCCGCGUGGGCGGACGAGCACAACAACGCUGUACCGCCCCGCGCUGAGUUUGAGCUGCCUGAGGUGGAGGACGGGAGUAAUAUGCGGUGGCAGUGGGCAGAGGGGUCCAGGUGGAGGGUGGAUGGUGUGCCGGAUGAUGCUGUCAUGCCUGGGGAUAAGAAGGAGGUUGAGUGGGAUUAUGAUGCGCCCGGGGGGAAGAUGGGGUGGGUUUAUUACGAUAACAAGUGGCAAAACGGCCGACGCGGCCAAGACGGAUGGAACCGCUGGACGCGCCGCAGAAAAUGGUACCGAGACGCCGAACUCGUAGAAGCAGACGACGACGUCGCCGACGAGACACACAGCCAACCCGCCGACAACCACAACCACACCGAACAACAACCCAAAACCCCACGAUGCGCCUCCGCGCCCAUCCGCACCGGCGCGCGAGGUCUCAGCCCAGCCCCGGCCGUUCCCACAGUCGACCUAACCCCAAGCACUCCCGACCUUCCUCUCACCCCGUCCUCUCCACCCUCCACCUCCACACACUCCCACUCCCACCACCACCCUCAUUCCCCCAGCACAAGCCAACAAGACGACCGUGACCGCGACCGUGAUCGCGACGACGACACAACCCACACCGACUCGGCCUCCAUCCUCUCCACAUCCAGCCGAUCCGCCCGUUUUUCCCUGCGUAGACGCAUCACGGACUCGUCGCAGCAUCGGAGUAUCGGCAGUGGCGCAGGAGGGACCAGUGGGAGUGGACAGCGGAGUCGGAGGGCGAGUAUGGCGGCGAGUAAUGCGAGUGAGGAUGAUGCUGCGUCGUUGGGGCCGCAGGCGAGGAUGGCGGUGCAGGAGGCUGGGGGGGAGGCCGGGAGUUGGGGGGUGGGGGAUGAGAUUAGGAUGGGGUUGGAGUGA